AGCGAAACACAGUCACUUGCAGAGCUGAGACUCUACAAAAAACGGCCAUGGCAGCGUCGUGUGCUGCACAGUCAUAUCUGAUGUUAACCUACGCGGCCGCCUCCUCUACUGUGCACUCGCAGGACCUGACUCCCACACUCCUCUCCUUCAAGCCCAAAGCUUUAUCUCUGUGCCCUCUGGCGUUGGGUUCUGGAGAAAGUAAAUCAGGGAAAUUAAGUUUGUCUUCGAAUAGAGAGGUCAGGUUUGGGUUUGUUUCGGCUGCUGUUGCCACAGAUAGCACCACAGCUCCUCCGCCCAAGCCAAGGACUGGGAAGGCUGCAUUGCCAUUGAAGAGAGACAGAAGGAGGUCUUUGAGAUUCUUGGAAAUUCGAAGAUUGAGAGAAAACAAACAAGAGUAUGACCUGAAGACAGCAAUAUCUUUGUUGAAGCAAAUGGCAAGUACAAAGUUUGUAGAAACAGCUGAAGUCCAUUUUCGUCUUAACAUUGAUCCAAAGUAUAAUGAUCAGCAACUGAGAGCAACAGUAAAUUUGCCUAAAGGAACUGGACAGACUGUGACAGUGGCUGUGCUCACACAAGGUGAAAAGUUCGAUGAAGCUAAAAGUGCGGGGGCAGAUAUAAUUGGUGGGGAAGACUUGAUAGAACAAAUAAAAGGAGGUUUCAUGGAAUUUGACAAAUUGAUUGCAUCUCCGGAUAUGAUGCCAAAGGUUGCCAGCCUAGGGAAGAUUCUAGGACCACGUGGUCUCAUGCCAAAUCCAAAAGCUGGUACUGUUACAACUCAUAUACCUCAGGCGAUAGCAGAAUUCAAGAAAGGAAAAGUAGAAUACAGAGCUGAUAAAACCGGAAUCGUUCACAUUCCGUUUGGGAAAGUUGACUUUUCUGAGGAAGACCUCCUCAUCAACUUUCUCGCUGCAGUAAAAUCAAUAGAAGCAAACAAGCCGUCUGGUGCCAAAGGAGUCUACUGGAAGAGUGCUCACAUAUGCUCAUCAAUGGGGCCGUCUAUCCGGUUAAAUAUAAGGGAGAUGCUCGACUACAAGCUUCCCUGAAAACAGAACCAAACACAUGUAUACAUGUAUAUGAUGUCUGCAACUGUUCAGUCAGCCUUCUGGGGGUCUUUACAAGAGCUCCACCAAUGCUUAAAUAGACGGAAUGUACAGAGUGAAGCCAGAAGUGGGGUUGGUUGUUAACAUUUUCAGUUGCAUUUUAAUCAGAACAUGCACAGAAAGAUCAUGUACUAGUCUUUGCAGUCGAUAUAUGAUUUUCAAUAUCAUUUGAUUUCACAA